AUGAAUACGACCUCAACGAUUACAUUCCUCGGUCUGCCCCAGGAGAUCCUAGACAUGAUCCUCGCCGAGCAUUUCUCAAGCAUUGUGGUCACCGUCAGAGAUUGGCCCAAGGUCAAAUAUGAUAGGGGCUCCAAGUCACGCUCCAAAUGGCUCGGCAUCGUUCUCACCAACAAAUCUCUCUACGAGCCGUCCAUGUCUAGCUUUUUUCAGAACGCUGGCUUUCACCAUAAACACCCCCUGUGCGGAAGCAUUGAUCGCAUAAAUGCCAGGCGCGAUGCCAUGAGCAAGAUUCAGUACAUUGUCGGUUGCACUCGGGUGGCUGCGGAACUAUUUAGACGGGAAUUUCUAUGGCCAGCCGUCUAUGCCGACCUCAAGCACUUUGUUUUGAAACAAGAGAUCAAAUCAAAGCUUCACGACAACUUCUGCAAUUGCUCUCGCCGACAACUCAGAGCAUUAUCAUGGGCCAGGAGAAAUGUGCUCGAACAAAAACUGAGCUUCGAGAGCUUUCUCACAGUUUCUUUCUUAAGGGGUCUUGAUAGCCCAUGCAAACUGAGGGCGAAGCUGAAGCUAAUCAUCGAGAGGGACGGUACUCUACGCUUGUAUGAAGUGUUCAACAUGGAGCGGACAGCCUUUCAAGAUGUCAAGGGCGUGAUCGAAGAAUGCUUCGAGGCCGAUCUGAAUGAGCCUGAGAACCACAAUUUCGGACCGAACGAAACAUACCAUGCAAAGGAUCUGACGUGGGAGAGAUAA